GCGAAAUCGUGUUUACGCUUUUAAGCAUACUGGAACUUGACAAGUACGAGUAACUGUGUGUGUUAUAUAGAUAAUGCGAUGACAAAUGCUCGAGAAACAAUAUUAAAAAUAUAAAGAAGCACCAAAAUGAUUGUCAAGAGAAAGACGAUAAUUGCAGUGUAUUUUAGUGACGUCUGAUCUUAAGCAUUUCAUCAGUAGCUUCGACUUUCACCUACGUAUUUUUUUUGUCAAUAAUAGUUUUUAUUUGACGCUAUGAGCUCCGAUGAAAGCAUUUGCUGGUUUCACGGCAAUCUUUCAAGGGAUGAUGCCGAACAAUUAUUGAAAGAUGAAGGUCGAGAGAAUGGAACUUUCCUUGUAAGAGAAAGUGGUUCUUCUUUGGGAGAUUAUGUCCUCUCAGUCACAUAUAAUGGUGAUGUUGCCCAUUAUCAAAUUAGAAAACAUGGGGAAGACGCCUUUUUUUCAAUAGAUGAUGAGACAACAAUUCAUGGUUUAGAAACACUUAUAGAAUAUUAUCAACAAGAGAAUCAUGGGCUAGUGACUACAUUACGAACACCUGUUAAAGGUUUGCCACCUCCGCAUGAUACCAGGAGACAUGGAAGAACAAAUUUGUUGCAUAGAGCUACACUUAGAAGAAAUUAUACAGUAGUAUCUGAACUUUUAAAAUGUGGCUAUAGAAGUUUGGAUGCCAAAAAUCAACUUGGUCAAACAGCAGUACACCUGGCUGCUAUGGAUGGUACAGAUGAAAUAUUGACUCAACUAAUCCAAGCCAAUGCUAGUGUUAAUUGUAGAGAUACUGCUGGUUACACACCUUUGCAUUAUGCUUGCCAAAGUAAUUUGCCAAGUACAGUACAAAUAUUGAUUGCUGGGGGAGCAAAUAUACAGGCUCGUCAUACAGAAACAGGAAUGGUGCCAUUACACGAAGCAGCAAGCAGAGGCCAUAAAGAAGUAAUACAAUUGCUAUUGUCAGCAAAUGCACCAUUAAACCCUCGAACGUUAGAAGACGACGUGCCAGCAGAUCUUGCAAAACUUAACGGCCAUACAGAGUGUGAACAGUUAUUGCGUAAUUAUAGUAGACCAACAAAAGAAAAAUUAGAUGAUUGGUACCAUGGUACCUUGGAAAGAAUGGAAGCUAUUAAUCUCAUACAUCAACAUGGCGAUCUUGAUGGAUCAUUUUUAGUUCGUCUUAGUGAGAGGCAUGAUGGUAUUCGAGUUCUCACAGUUAUGUAUAAUAAACAAGCCUAUCACUUUCAAAUACAAAAACAAAAAAACUUUUUGUUUAUUGAUAAUGGGCCAUAUCUACCUUCAUUAGAGCACGUUAUAGAGCAUUAUAAAUGCAUGCAAGAUGGACUUCCGGGACCUUUGAUUCAUCCUAUUGCACCAGCACCUAAACCUCCUGUUCCAGAAAUGCCAUCGUCGAUCUUCAAUGGGGAUUCUAUAAGAAAGAAGAAACUCUCGAUUCCCGAACCUCCACCUCGUCUUCCUGAAAAACCAUAUUUAAGUCCGAGUAAUCCCAUAAGAGUAGACAAUAAAAGUGUCAAUAACAAAUUAAACGACAAUGAUCUUCACAGCGCUGUACCCGCAAUAGUUGAAAACGACAACGAUGAAAUGUCCGUAAACAAAGUUUUUAUCCCUGGUGAAAAUAUAAUCCUAGGAGAAGUAUUAGGUGAAGGAGAAUUCGGAGCCGUUUACGAGGGUCUCUACGACAGACCAUGUGGACGUCAAGAACCUGUCGCUAUAAAAAUGUUAAGGGAUACGCAAAACGUUACAACUCGAGAGGAAUUUUUACGAGAAGCACGUUUGAUGAUGACUUUCAAUCAUCACUGUAUAGUUAAAUUAAUAGGAUUCUCAGAAGGCCCUCCACUUUUGAUGGUUCAAGAAUUAGUUUCACUCGGCUCUAUGCUGGCUUAUCUUUUGGAAUUUCCAGACAGAAUCAGUCCUAAUUAUGAGCUUAAAGUGUGGGCUUCUCAAAUUGCCUGUGGUAUGAAGUAUUUAGAAGAAAUAAGGCUUGUUCACCGAGAUUUGGCUGCAAGAAACAUUCUGCUGGCUUCAAGACAUCAAGCAAAAAUAAGUGAUUUUGGUCUUUCAAGAAAUUUUGGUUCUAACGACUAUUACAAAGCUACGGCAGGAGGAAAAUGGCCUAUCAAAUGGUACGCUCCUGAAUCUUACAAUUUUGGCAAUUUCUCUAACGCUAGUGAUGUAUGGAGCUAUGGAAUCACGUUGUGGGAAAUGUUUUCAUACGGAGAACAGCCUUACGGGAACAGAAGAGGAGCUGAAGUAAUAGAACUAGUAGAAAAAGGAGAUCGACUGUCUUGUCCUAAAAAAUGCCCCGAUCACGUCUAUCAAGUUAUGCAGAAAUGUUGGUCAUAUAAGCCAGCCGAUCGUCCCACGUUUCAAGAACUACUCGAUAUUUUUAGCAGUGACCCAGAAUACGCCAACAUUCGAGAACUUGUGACAGCUGUCGAUAUCAGCUGAUGAUUCAAAAGCAAUCGUGUGUUAUGUAUACUUUUAGUAUAGCAUUUUUUUAACCGAACUGAUGAAAAAAAACACGUUACGCUUUGAUUUUGUAUUAGUCUAAGUAUAUGUUUUUCAAAUAAAAUAUUAUAAUUUAUUAUUUUUAUUUUUGUGUACAUCUUAUAAUGAACUGUAAGAAAAGAUAAUCUAUAUCAUUCAAAGCACGAAAAUUUUUUUAAGACAUUUCAUUAAUGUGAGGAAAUAAUAAUAAAUAAAAAGCAUUUUUUUAAAAAACCGAUAAAAAUGUAUUCACCAUUGACAUUUCACUAUACAAAAAUGAACUUAAUAUGGUCCAAUAUAAAAAUGCCUAUAAUAUGGUUAUUCUAUUCGUCUUUCAUAAUUUGAUAAAUUUUAAGAACUUAAACUAACGUAAAACAGAUUUAUCCAGGUAGAAACAAAAAUAAUAACUUCAAUUUAGCGAUGUUUCGCUACUUCUUGUUUGCGGCCUCAUUAGGUUCUAAAUUAUAAUUUUGAAAUAUAUAAAUACAAUUAGACAAAAUUAUACUCAUGUCAGAAAAAUCAAUGUAAAAAUAUUUAAAAGAAUAACGCCGUUAAAUUGAAGUUAUAAUUUUUGUUUUUAUUAUGGGUAUAUCAAUUUCACAUCGGUUUAAGUUCUUCAAAAAAAAGUCUACAAAUUAUGUGGUUUUCGAAAUUCAAUGUAUUAUAUCGUCAAGAUAUAAAACAUAAAACUUACGUUAAUUGUUUUAAAUAUCUGUUUUCAUAUUUAAAAAUGUUCCCUAACAUCUAU